GUGCACGCGCCUAUGUCAUUAUGUCGUUAUGUCACUAGUGUGACCAGGCGUUAUUGAUAUUGAUUAUCCAUUUUUCUUCCGGUCCGUGACGCACCUAUUUCCGGUGUCGUGGUGACGUCAAGAGCAUGCUGGAUAAACUCGUAGAAGACUUCACCGUGUCAAAUAUAUACUAUGAUCGAUUUAUGAGUUUAGUGUUCUCUCUGCCCUUUUCUUUGGGAUUAUCACAGUGCCGUCAAUGAGAGGAAGUAGUAUAGAUGUCUUCCAAAGUCGAUGCAUGCAAAGAAAAGGUAUUCUCUACUUGCAGUCGUUGCUUUGGUUGCUUGUGGUUUGCUCGUAGCGUUCAAGAUUCUGACCGACAACGAAUUCAAGCCUCCGAACAUCGAUGAUAACACGAGAAUUUUGAGUUAUUUGAGUGUCAGUAAGGCAGGAUUUUUAGACUUGAAUGAUGAAUUGGAGCUUCAAGAUGUGUUCAAGACUCCAAAGGACUCAAUUUCUUCUAAGAACGUUCCACCACAACCAAACAAAUGCACGAUGGAAACUUGUUUUGAUAAAACGAAGUGCCUUUCCGACUUCAGAAUUUACGUCUACCCUGUGCAUCCCGGCGCGAAGCUUUCUACUACCUACACCAACAUUAUAAAGGUUAUAAAAGAAAGCAGAUAUUACACAGAGUUUCCCGAGGAAGCUUGCUUAUUUAUUACAGCUAUAGAUACCCUAGAUCGGGACAAACUGAGCGCGGAUUACGUGCACAAUAUUUACAACAAGAUACGACAACUACCCUAUUGGAAGAACGGCGAAAAUCACAUAAUUUUUAAUUUAUUCGCUGGGACUUGGCCGGAUUACUCUGAAGAUGUUGGGUUUGACUUUGGGAAGGCUAUUCUUGUAAAAGCUUCGUUAUCUAGUGAUUUGAUCAGACCGGGAUUCGAUGUAAGUCUGCCGUUGUUUCCGAAAACACAUCCUCACAAAGAUUUAGGAAAUCUACCACACUCGUGUAGUGCAUUUCCGUUGGAGAGAAAAUACAAAUUGGCGUUCAAAGGAAAGAGAUAUUUAAAUGGUAUUGGCAGUGAAUCGAGAAACGCCUUGUACCAUAUCCACAACGGUAGAGAUAUUGUGCUUUUGACUACAUGUAAGCAUGGGAAAGCAUGGCAUAAACACAAAGACGAGAGGUGUGAUGGGGACAACGCUCUUUAUGAUAGGUACAGCUAUGAUGAACUGUUGCUGAAUGCAACAUUUUGCCUCGUCCCCAGAGGCAGGCGACUUGGAUCCUUCCGUUUCCUUGAGUCGUUAAAAGUUGGUUGUAUUCCUUUCCUAUUGAGCGAUGGAUGGGAACUCCCAUUUGCUGAAGUAAUUGACUGGAAAAAGGCUGUCAUUGAUGGCAGUGAAAGGCUUUUAAUGCAAGUGCCGGGUAUUGUGAGGUCGUAUAGUAGAAGCCAAGUUUUGGCAAUGAAGCAGCAAUCAUUGUUUUUGUGGAAUGCAUAUUUUUCUUCAGUUGAGAAAAUUGUACAUACAACAAUUGAGGUAAUCAGGUCAAGAAUAGAUAGAAGCAAAACAGCAAGUCAUGCUUUCUGGAAUAAUUACCCAGGUGCACUGGUGACAGUCAAACACUACUCACAAGAUCUACAUGACUUUCCUUUCUUCCACAUCAAGCUUGGCCUAUCUAGUACCAGGUUCACUGCUGUUAUUCAUGCAACAUCAUCUGGAAUCAAAGAAUCUUCUCUUUUAUACAAACUGAUAAGCUCUGUCGCAGGAUCAAAGUUUGCAUCUAAGAUAAUCAUCUUAUGGGUGUCAGACAGUGCUAUUCCUGCUAACAGGAAGUGGCCUAAGCUCAAGAUUCCCCUGGUGAUUGUUAGGCCAGACUCUAAGUCUGGAAACAGUCGUUUCAAGCAAAGAUCCAUGAUAGAAACGGAUGCUAUCUUGUCUUUGAAUGAAGACAUCAAACUGAACUCUGACGAGAUUGACUUUGCAUUUGUGGUUUGGCGGGAUUUCCCUCAGAGGAUAGUGGGGUUUCCAUCAAGAGACCACUACUGGGAUGAAGGACAAUCACGCUGGGUGUACUCAUCAAUGAUCAGCAACAAGUUCUCUAUGGUGAUGACUAGUGGUGCCUUUUAUCACAGAUAUUAUAACUACAUGUACACGCACAGUCUACCCAAGCGUCUGCACCGAUUGGUUGACCGUCACCCCACCUGUGAGCACAUUGUCAUGAAUUUCCUAGUGGCGGAUGCCAUCCGACUCCCGCCAAUCAAGAUCCUACCAGUCAAGCAAUACUACGAGGGGAUGGGUAAAAAGGCACGCAAGUCGAAGUUGACAGCCCAGUUUGAUCAUAAACAGAAAUGCAUGGAUUCCUUGCAUGAUGCGUUUGGAUACAUGCCGCUUAUUAAGUCUAGGGUCAGAAUGGACCCUCUGUUGUAUAAAGACCCUGUGUCGAAUCUUCGCAAGAGAUACAGGCUUCUUGAGGCAUAGGAGUAUGGUUAUGAGUUUAAACACCACCUCUAUCCCAGUUCUGCUGUCCAUGCACAUUCAAUCUUUAAAAGGUCAAGUAAUCAUUGAUAAAAUAAUCCCUGGAAGAAAUAAGACAUAAAACCGGGAUAGGGGUUGCAUAAACCAAACCGCUAUGGCAUUGGAUGGAUUUUAAAAGCACUCACCUAUUGCUAGCAUAUUGGUAGCUGUCCCCUCUGCAGAGCUAGGUUUUCAUAAGGGCAUAUGAGAUAAUAAAGACCUUGCGCAGCAGGAUCUUAGGACAAGAGCGACAGCAUUAAGAACGGUACAUGCACUCGCACAGAUUCCAAAACCAUUGAUGCUCCUGAUGGCAGCCUAGAACAAGUAAAUAGGAAAAUGCUGUUCUAGAUUUGCUAUCGUGAACAACACUGCCGUUUUGAGCAAUUUGUUAGCAUGUGCCGUCGUCUUUGCGUAAGGUUCCUAAUGGCUCCUGCCCCAUGACUGAGGCUCCCUUCCCAACCCCUUGCAAUUGCUAUGAGGGCUAAGGAACACGGUGAUGACAUGGUUUUAUUUGAUGAUCUUAGGGCAAAUGGAUUUUGAAAAAAACGUUACAAAUAUUGUCAGUGUAAUACUAUUUUUUACACUAAUAUGUAAUUAUAUAUAUUUUUUGGAAAUUAUAUUUUUCUAGAUAAACAUAGAACCAUUAUGCAAAAUAAUAUAUAGAAAGCCAUUGGAAACAGGAGGAUUUAUGUGCAAUGUUUCUUUCCCGUUUUGAAAUAUGCAAAAUCUAUUUUGCUGUGAAAACACAAGCACACAAAUAUAUCAUUGUGCAAAGUUUUAAGCAAUGACCAAGAGAUCUUAGUUUGUACAUAUCUAGUUAGAACAAAGUUGAAUCAUAGUAAAGUAUAGGAACAAAUCAGUAUGCAAUUGUCACCAUAUCAUAAACACAUUUCAACUGUACAGUAUGUUUAAAUUGGUUUUGAUAUUAACGAAGUGUAUAUUUUACAAACUUGACAAUGAAUUAUACAUGUUAGGAAAGAA